AGCGGCGCGUGUGAGGUCAAAUGCCACUGGAGUCGAGGCUGGCUGGUGGCAUCCUACGUGAAGCUCAGUCGUGCUCUGACCGUGAGGGACGAGACACGCGCGCACGGGGCCUGCCACCACUCCACACGUGUUCGAGAGGUGAGACUCGCGACCGGUGGAGACUCAUACAGUCGGGAGGUACGCCUGGUGGAUGUGUGUGUCGUGCGAUGGUGUGGAUUUACCGCGGGAAUAGUGAAUGAGUUAGUGAGAUUAUAUACUAGAUUAUACUUCCUUCCGGCGUCCACGAAGAUGAGGAAACUUGACAGGAUCCUUGAUAAACGUGGGUAGCUUGUUGUGUCAGUGACCUGUGUGUGCCUGGAAGGUUGUCGCCGAUAUGACCUCACUAACUAGACCUCCGUUACUGCUUCUGCUCCUUCUGCUGAUGGUCCUCGCUGCUGCUUCAGGAGUGCGCGGCGGCGGAGGAGGGGGCCCGCGCCUCACCGUCACGCCCCCCGCCAGAGUGGUGUUCGCCUCCGGGACGGGCGUGGUGCUGGCGUGCCUGGCGGAGGGCUCGCCACCCCCCACCGUCACCUGGACCACGCGGGAGGGGCACCCCUUGGCCCCCCACUCCCCCUACAUGGACGUCCUCAACAACGGCUCGCUGGUGCUGAGGCCAUUUUCCCCUGAGAGGUACCGAGCCGAUGUCCACGCCGCCACAGUGAGAUGCCGCGCCUCCAACCUACAUGGCGUCGUUGUGUCCCCGCCCGUCACCCUUCAAGCAGUGGUGUGGCAGGACUUCUCGGUGUUGGCGGAGGGCGCGCGGGUGGUGGUGGGCGGCUCAGCGGUGCUCCGUUGCCGUGUGCCCUCCCACCUGUCCGCCCACGUCACGCCCAUCGCCUGGGAGACGCCCACGCACACCAUCUACCCGUCACUUGUCCCAGAGGGCCGCUACCAGAUGGUUGGCUGGACGGGCGACCUGCUGGUGACGGAAGUGUCGCGCGAGGACGCCUUCACCGCCUUCUCCUGCCGCGUGAGGGACCAGCUGGGCGGCGGCAGGGAGCUCACCUCGCGUUCGCCUGCCAAGAUUACUGUCCAAGAACCCGGUGAUGUGACCCGCCCCGUGAUCCAGGACAAGCGCCACUCCGUCACCGUUCCCAUGGGCGGCACGAUCGUCCUGCCCUGCGUGGCCACCGGUACCCCAACUCCCUCCGUCAGGUGGGGCUCAUACCCUGGCAGCAUGGGCGUGGGGCUCGGGGACAGACGCUCGCUGCCCCCCACGCCAGGAUCCGCAGUGCUUGUGAUUGAGGCCGCCCAUGCCGCUGAUGCCCACGCCUACACCUGCACAGCUAAUAACUCCCUUGGAAUUGACCAGGUAAGCGUGGACGUGGUGGUGGAGUCCCGCCUCACCGUCAGCGUCACGCCUCGCUCCCUCACUGCUGAUUUGGGCGGCACCGCGACCUUCACCUGUACUGUGUCUGACCCCUCGGCGCCUGUGACCUGGUACUACAACGGGGCGCCAGUGGUGGGCAGCGGGCGCGUGGUGGCGGCGGGGCGGCAGCUGAUCGUGUCCGGCGUUACCCACGACGACCCGGGGAUGUACCAGUGCCAGGCAUCGCGGGGCUCUCAGUCUGCUCAGUACGCCGCGCAGCUUCUCCUUGGAGACUCCGCCCCUGUGCUCCAUUACCGCUUCAUCGAGCAGACCAUUCAGCCCGGCCCACCUGUGUCCCUCAAGUGCUCGGCCGUCGGGAACCCAACACCCACCAUCACCUGGACCCUCGCCGGCCUCCCCAUCACGCAGACAGACAGGGUGAUGGUGGGGGAGCAGCCGGGGUCGCGUGGGAAGGUUGUGGGCCACGUGAACGUCUCGCACGCCCGCGUGGAGGACGGCGGCCGAUACCAGUGCGUGGCGGCCAACAGGGCGGGGGAGGCAUCGCACGCCGCCUCCCUCAACAUAUACGGGCUGCCCGUGACCCGCCCCUUGGCCUCCGUGACUGCCGUGGCCGGGGAGAAGACGGAGCUGUGGUGUCCUGUGGCCGGCUACCCCAUCCACGCCUUCACCUGGAGGAAAGACGGCGUGGGCGUGGAGCAGUCCCCGGAGCGGCGCGUGCAGGCCGACGGGUCCCUGCUGCUGGAGCGGGUGCGGCAGCAGGAGGACGCGGGCGUGUACACCUGCACGGCCUCCACCAAGCAGGGCCACUCCACCACGGGCUCCGUCAGGGUAUCCGUCCUGGUCCCCCCAAAGAUAUCGCAGUUCGGCGCAGGGGAGCGAGUGGUGGCGGGUGAACGGUUGACUCUGACGUGUUCUGUGUCGCGGGGGGACGAGCCCCUGUCCCUGACGUGGCUGUGGGACGGCGACCCCCUCACCCCCGGCAGCGCCCACACCGAGGGUCUGUCCAUCGCCAACGUGAACACCUUCAACUCCGUGCUGAGCAUCGAGCGGGUGGGUCAGCACCACGCCGGGGACUACACGUGUGUGGCCACCAACGCCGCCGCCUCCACCCGCUCCACCUCCACCCUCACAGUCCACGUGCCGCCGACGUGGGUGCUGGAGCCACGGAACUCCCGGGUGAGCCGCGGCCACGCCCUGGUGGUAGACUGCGUGGCCAGAGGACGUCCUGAGCCAGCCGUCCAGUGGAAGAAAAAAGUGGAGGGCGGCGUGAGGGGCACCGAGACGUACCGCGGCGUGGAGCUCGUCACCCCACGCGCCGUCCAGCUCUUCAACGGCUCCCUCUACAUCGCUAGGGCCGAGCCGAGCCAUGCCGGGACCUACGUGUGUCGCGCCGAAAACUCCGUCACCCACCUCACCGCGCCCAUCAAGAUUGCCGUGAACUCGGCUCCCUACUUCAGCGGCGGCUCCUCUUCGGUGGACGUGCGCGCCGGGGAGUCGGUGGUCAUGGAGUGUCGGGUGCGUGGAGACCCGCCCCUCACCGUCACCUGGUCCCUGCGCGGCGCCUCGCUACACCACUCCCCCAGAUACUCGGAGAGCGUGUCCCCGGAGCGAGGCGGCGAGACGGUGGCCAAGCUGGACGUGAGUGCGGCGGUGCAGAGCGACGCCGGCGUGUACACCUGCACCGCCCACAACACCUACGGCAGGAACUCCCACACCAUCAGGCUCAACGUGCACGAGCCUCCGUCAGCGCCUCGGGGCCUGCGCGUGGUGGCCGAGGGCUCCAGGGCCGUGCGUGUGUCCUGGACGCCGCCGGAGCCGCCGCCGUCGUCCUAUGUGCUGCAGUUCCGGCGGUCGCUGGAGGGCUGGGACAAGGCGCGGGAGGUCACGGUGCAGGCGUCGGGCGUGGCGGCGGGUGUGGAGGUGUCGCCGCUGCUGCCCGCCACAGACUACGUGGUGCGGGUCGUGGCCACUAACCACUUGGGCAGGUCACCGCCCUCAGAGGACCUACAGCUCACCACCUCCGCCGAGAAGCCCAGCGCGCCACCCAGGGACCUGCGGGCCGAGGCCAUGGGGCCGCGGGAGGUGCGGGUGUCGUGGCGGCCGCCGCCCCCUGACCGGGCACACGGCGCCAUCCUUGGCUACUACCUCGGCUACACGCCCGUCACGCGGAAGGUUGGGGGCGGGAGUCCCCCGCAGUAUAACUUCACGACUGUGGAGAGCUCGGAGGGCGGGCGUGGCGGCGUGGAGAGCGAGGGCGUGUGGACGGUGAGCGUGGAGGGGCUGCAGCCGCACACGGACUACCAUGUGGUGGUGCAGGCCUUCAACACGGAGGGCGCCGGGCCGCUCAGCCCGCCCGCGGCCGUCACCACCAGGGAGGACGCCCCAGGAGGACCCCCCAAGGACCUCCACUGUAACGGCCUUUCGUGGGACCAAGUGCAGAUCAACUGGAACUCGCCUGACGCCCACCUGCACCACGGCACGCUGCGAGGCUACAAGCUGGAGUACGAACGCUGGGACGGCUGGAGUGAGACCUCGCACAAGACACAGACACGGACGCAGACGGAGGUGCUGCAGGGGCUGGAGGCCGCCACCAACUACAGCGUGCGGGUGCGGGCCUUCACGGGUGCGGGCGAAGGGCCGUGGUCCGCGGCCGUGCUCUGCACCACGGAGGAGGACGUUCCAGGGCGGCCCGUGGGCGUGAGGGGCGUGGUGUCAGGCGCCGGGGCCUUCAUUGUGUCCUGGGCACCCCCUCCCAGGCCCGGCGGCCGCAUCGUGUCCUACACCGUCAAGUGGCGUGUGGUGGAGACGCGGAUCGGCGGCGGCCACGGGCGGGAGGGAACCACCACGGUGGCAGGCACAGUCACGUGGGUGCAGGUGGACAACGUGCUGGGCAGCCUGGUGGAGGUGGAGGUGGUGGCAGCGACGCGGGUCGGGGAGGGUCCGCCCGGCACCGCCCGCGUCACGCUCACCAACACGGUGGCGGCGGCCAUCUACUCCACCGGCUCCAGCAUCAGGGCUGAGCGUGGGCGGGACGUGACGCUGUCGUGUGGCCACGUGGGGCAGCCCAGACCACACCUGGAGUGGACGUACCAGGGGCGCCAGGUGAACGGCGAGGGCCGCCUGGUGAAGGGUGACGGCGGCCUGGUGGUGCAGGAGGCACAGCGGCAGGACUCCGGCAACUACACGUGCACCGUCACCAACAAGCACGGCUACGACCAGAUCACGUACUCCCUCACGGUGCUCGUACCGCCAUCCGCCCCGCUGGUGCUGGCGUCCUCGUCCUCGGAGCGGAGCGUCAAGGUGCAGUGGAAGCAGGGCGACACCGGCGGCGCCCCCAUCACGGGCUACACGCUCUACUUCCGCAAGGACCACGGCGCCUGGACGCAGCUCAACGUGCACCGUCACGCCCACGACCACGUGCUAGAGGACCUGGAGUGUGGUUCUCGCUACCAUGUCUACGUGGUCGCACACAACACCGUCGGUUCGAGCCCCGCCAGCACGACAGCCGUGGUGAGGACGCUGGGGGGCGCUCCGCAGCCUCCCCCGUCCCUGCAGUUCCUGACGCCCAACUCGUCCAGCGUGACCGUGUUCCCGCGGGCGUGGGUGGCGCGCGGCUGCCCCAUCACCCACAUGGUGCUGGAGUACAGGCAGGACGAGGAUCCACACUGGGUGCAAGCAGUGUCCAGUGGAGGCCCCAAGGCGCGGCGGGUGGAGGUGGGUGGACUCCUCCCCUCCACACACUAUACUCUGAGGGUGACGGCCGUGUCGAGUGCAGGCUCCACCACCCACGCCUACUCCUUCACCACGCUCACCUUGACUGGAGAGGUGCCGCCGGCGUGGAAGGGCAAGCCAACACCUCAGUGGCUUUCCGUCAGGGUACUGCUGCCUCUCCUGUCCUCUGUGGUGGCCCUGGCUUCCUCCCUCGCCCUCGUCUGCUACUGCGUCAGGAAGAGGGGCCGCGAGAGUGACGGGGAGAGCGGCGUGGACGGGUCGGGGAGGGGCGCGAACACGGCUGCAAGGGACAACAAGCACAACCUGGCGCAGCGGGAGCAGUACUACGCCACCAUCAGAAAGGCGGCGCCCAGGGAUCAGCAGAGCGACCUCAUCCCAGAGAACGCUGAGGACAUCUACCCCUACGCCACGUUCCAGCUCCCCGACCCGGCGCCCCCAGAUCCAAACCACAUCCCCAUGUACCCGAUUUACCAGACCCGCACAGAGAAGAUGGAGGGCUACGGGGAAGUGAAGAGGCGGGGCAGCCGUAGCCGGGGCCAGCGCCGCAGCAGGAGUCGCAGCCGCAGCCGCGGGGGCAUGGCCGACAGCGGGGAGGACUACGAGACCUUAGGAUCCGACACGGAGACCGAGCAUGGCGGCGUCUCAUCCCGCACCGAGUCGUCCAACCAGCUGGACGACAUCCCCUCCAUCCGGGACCAUACCGUGUACGCCCGCGGCCCCGGCAACAAGGACCCCCGCGACGCCGUCUACGCCAGGGAGGCCACGCCCAAGGACCCCAGGGACGCUGUGUACUCCAGGGAGGCGCAGAAGGAGCCGCGGGAGGCAGUGUUCUCGCGGGAGGGCUCGAGGGACAGCAACACGGCCUUCCAGCAGCGGAUCCACCACAACUUGCUGUACCACGCCGAGUCUAGCACCUCCCCCGAACCUUCCCCCACCACCGAGAGAAAGUCCUUCCCCCGGCGCGCCAGAGCCAGGUUCACGCCCCUCCCUCCUUCCCAGGCCUCGUGUGACGGGGGAGGGCGAGGGGAACACGGCUGCCCCGGCGGCGGCGUCCCCUGCUGCCCCCCCACCGUCGUACCCCGGGGCAGGCCAAAGCUCAGGGCGCCCCAACCCAAGAGGCCCCACCAAGGAGCCCCCCGAAGUGAGCGAGACGGAGUGUGACCGCGACAUCCUUCCUCCGCCGCGCCGGUACAGCGACGCCAAGUUCAAGGGGAGGAUGUUGGACUACUCGAUCGCGGUGUGAUGGCCCGUGGGGGUGUCGGCGGCGAGGCGGGCGGGGGCGACGGCACGGAGACAGACGUUAAGGUCACGGUGCACGCCCAGGUGGAGUGACGCUCAGUGUGGGGCGCCCGAAGUUUUGUGAGGGUGAAAAUGUUGCAAAGCGUUCAGGAAGGUGUUGUGAGGGGGGAAAGGUUGCAGGGCGGCCUGGGAAGUGUUGUGGGUGCCGGGGAAGUGUUGUGAUGAUGGAAAUGUUGCAAGAUGCCCAGGGAAGUGUUGCGUAGUGGCCAGGAGAGUGUUGUGAUGGUACCGGCGAAGUGUUGUAAGGGUGGAAGUUUUGGCACGUGACGGACCUGACCUGACCUGACCUGCCACACGUUACAGUUAGGAAUGUGCUUCUAGUGACCCAUGUGUGUGUGUCUGGGUGUGUGAGAAAGAGAGAGAAAAAAAACGUAGCCCCCCGGGGAAUAUCGGCCGCCCACCAGUGCCAAGGCCCACGACGCCCCACACACACCACCAUCACCUCACACACAAAAAACAUCACCCGGGACAGAACACUCCCCUCCACCCCCCACCGCCCACCCCACUCCGAGCGGUCAUACACCCACGCGAGGCCUGUGUUGAAACUUUAAGCGGCGCCAUCAUUUAUGUAGCCGCCGUGUGUCGUGCCCCGCCUCGUGCAGCAGAGAGGAGCCCCGGAGCGAGAACCGAGGGAGGGGAGAGAGGAGAAGAAAGGGGACGAGGCGUGGGGUCUGUGUGGCGACUGGCGACCCUUAACGACAUGAACCCUCCGACGGGGCGCCUCCUGGAACCCCGGCGUGAGGAUGAUGGGGCGGCCCUUCAUUUGCGUGUGUGUGUAUGUGUGUUUGGGCUUCAUGCUGCCGCCACGACCCUGCUGGAAGACGGAAAGCGAGAGAAAACACACACAAGUACACACCCUCACUCGUAUAUACCAUUGUGUGCGUGCUAGAAGAUGGAGAGAGAGAGAGAGAGAGAGAGAGAGAGAGAGAGAGAGAGAGAGAGAAAGUACACCCACCCACACAUACAUAUACCAGUGUGUGUGUAGCGGUUGUGCUCUUGUGGCGGUAUUGUGCAAGUGUACAAAGACUAUACAUAAACAGAAAAUAAAAAUGAUGUCUUCACUCUAUAUACAAACAUAAAAAGAAGUCCUAAAUGUGAUAUCAAAUGAGGAAAAAAGAAAAAGACAAACAUACACACAACUUGGAGGACGUUCCGUGACACCCCAAAAAGAAAAACUGAAGAAAAUUGUCCUGUUUUCUUUGUUUUUUUGUUCAUUUAUUUCGUUUUCCUUCGCCAAGGGUCAGAUAUGUGUGUGACCUUGACCUACCAUGACCCAACGUGACCCACCGUGACCCGCCCCCUGCCCCCAUCCUCGUCUCGGUGCUCCAGCCCACCACCACUUGUCCUCCGUCGUGUCCCUCCGUCAGCCGUGUCCCAUCAACAUGUCCCCCUUCGUCAGGUUGCUUCCACUCACCCUGACCACUCCAGUAUACCAACCUCCUUAUGCCUGUUACCGCUUGUGUUGUGUAUAUGUAUAUGAGGGAGAGAGAGAGAGGGAGAGAUGAAGAAAGAAAGAACGAAAAAAAAGAAGGAAGACGGAAAGAAAGAAAGAAAAGGUAGAUAGAGGGAAAGAAAAAAGGAAUGAAUGAACGAAUGUAUGAAGGAAAGAUAUAAAGAAAGAAAGAGAGAAGAAAAGAAAGGAUGAAGAGAAG